AUGACAUUGGUGAGAAAGAGAAGGCUUCAACAAGCGCUAAAGCUAUGCCUACCCCCAUCAUUACCACCUUUGGACUUCCGGCAUGAGACCCAUCCACCCCCUUCGGCUUCCUUGUCUGCUAUCAGUCCAGAAUACCAUGGCAUCGAGGAUCUCUCUGACCUUGAAAAAUUGGCAGUUCUUGGCCGUGGAAAUGGGGGAACUGUCUAUAAAGUACGACACACACGUACCACCUCCAUUUUCGCUUUGAAAGUUCUUCGUUUCUAUCACAACACAACCAAUAUUCGUCAACACGCUGCACGGGAGGCAGAGAUCUUUAAACGCGUUGAUUCGCCUUACAUUGUUCGAUGCUAUGCGGUUUUUGAUAGUGAAGACGAUCUGUGCUUUGUAAUGGAGCACAUGGAAAGAGGAUCGCUGCAUGAUGUUUUAUUUGUAAAUAAAAUACUGCCAGAGGAUGUUAUUUCUGGUGUGGCCUUAUGUGUUUUGCAUGGAUUGAAGUAUCUGCAUAGAAUGCAGAUAGUGCAUGGGGAUAUAAAGCCUUCUAAUCUACUCAUUAAUAGUAAAGGGGAUGUGAAGAUUGCAGAUUUUGGAGUCAGUAGGGUUGUGGUGGGGAAACGUGAUGCUUAUGAAGCAUUCAUGGGCACAUGUGCAUAUAUGAGCCCUGAAAGGUUUGAUCCCGAGGGAUGGGAUGGAUAUAAUGCAGAUGGAUUUGCAGGAGAUGUUUGGUCGCUUGGGGUGGUUGUUUUGGAGUGCCUUGUAGGUCACUAUCCAUUGAUUGGUGUAGGAGAGAAACCGGAUUGGGCAACAUUGGUCUGUGCAAUAUGCUUUCAAGAGAGACUGGAAAUGCCGGAAAAUGCAUCGCCAGAUUUCCGGAGUUUUGUAAGUAAGUGUCUGGUGAAGGAUUGGAGCAAGAGAGGGACAGUUGAUGAGCUUAUUGAUCACCCUUUUGUGAAUAGGACUUAUCUUGGUUCUCAUCAAUGA